CCAAAGGCAAGACAUAACAUCCCAAACUAUAACUAAGCCUUCUACAACUAUAUCUUCCUUACAAAUAAUUACAAACCAAGCUAGCUCUUAGUCUCUGACAAGAUGAACAAACUUGCAUUCCUUUCCAUCUUCAUUACCCUCUUUGUAACUCUAGCCAAUGCCAUUGAGCUUGAUUUUUGUGUGGGCGACCUUAGCUUACCAAGGGGACCCGAAGGAUACGUAUGCAAGGAUCCUUCUACGGUCACAACUGAUGACUUUGUUUAUACUGGUUUCCGUGGUGAAAAACCCACUACUAGCAUUUUCAAAAACAAUGUCACUCUAGGAUUUGUAGACCAAUUUCCGGCUUUAAAUGGUUUAGGGAUCUCUAUGGCAAGGUUAGAUAUUGGUGUGGGUGGUGUUAUUCCGGUUCAUUCUCACCGAACAUCAGAAAUUAUUAUUUUAGUAAAAGGUACAAUUAUUGCUGGCUUUAUCGAUACAAAUAAUAAAGCACACUAUAAAAGACUUGAAGUCGGAGAUGUUAUGAUAUUUCCACAAGCUAUGCUUCAUUUUCAAAUCAAUAUUGGUAAAACUUUAGCUACUGCAUAUGUUAGUUUGAAUGGUGGUAACCCCGGAUUACAACUUACUACUCCUGCCUUAUUUGCUGGAAAUUUGCCUGCUCAAAUUGUGGAGCAAAUUACACUUCUUAGUCAUGAAGAGGUAAUGAGGAUGAAGAAGAUGUUUGGCACUGCAUGAUAUCUUCAUUUUGUUUAUUUAUUGCAUUUUUGUUGUACUCAUGAUAUUUAUUUUUCUUAAGCAUUUACAAAAAGAUUUAUAAUUAUGUAUCAAGCUUUUGUAAUAAAUUUUAAUUAUUUCAUAAAUGAAAUAUCGUAAUUUCUUUUACUAUGUUGACUUCAC